AAGCCUUUAAUAGCCCUGUCACAAAUGGAUGACUGCUGUCUCUGCUCUGCCAUUCCCUCCUCCCAGCACCAAAUCCUUAGAUCACAACACUAAUCCUCGCGGACAGUAUUUUUAACUCCCGUUGGGACAGAAAGAACAGCAAUGGGAUUAGAGAAUCAGGGAGGAGGAUGAAUUCUCAACUCAUGAUCUUCUUGCACAUUGAAACAAACACAGUGUAGCUGUUUCUCUCCCUGCUGAAUUUGUAAAACAAGGAAAAGGAAGAAAACGUUCUUGUUGUUCUUUGUUUUAAGGUAUGGAAAACCUGUGGAACAUUGGAUCUGUUGGAAUCAUCUUUACUGAAAUAACCCUCACUGGGUGAACCAGGUUCCUUGUUUCUCCCUGGAUCCUCACAAUGGAAGUGCCUUUAAAAAACAUGCACCACCUAAAAAAGUUGAGAAAGCGGCGCUCCAGUUUGUUCGCAAGUGUGAAGCUGAACACCAGCUUUGUCCAGAGCAAAGAGGAACCGGAAGCUGCCUUUCCCUUUGCACAGGAGAGCUCUGUGAAAGCGUGGACGUCUAUGGAUGACCUGGAUGGUCCGACCCCUCAGAAAGUGGCCCCAAAAGCAAAAGGGCCCAAGAAGAAAAAGGAGGUGGUCAAAAAGUCUCUCGCUAGACAAUCCAAUAUAGUCAACAUCAAUGUGGGUGGGAAGGUUUUUCACAUACCAGUCCAUUUGGUUCUUCGCUACCCUAAAACCAGGAUUGGCUCUCUAGCCCUCUGUACUGAUCCUGUGAAAAGGCUGACACUCUGCGAUGAUUACUCAGUCCGCAAAAAUGAGUUCUUCUUUGAUCGGGACCCCACUUUUUUCCACCACAUAUUCCACUUCUACUGCAGCAAUGUCAUGUGGGUGAUGGAAAGUUUGUGCCCGCUCAAUUUCGAGGAGGAGAUGAACUUCUGGGGUCUGCGAAUGGGGGACACUCCUAGGUGUUGCCGCAUUUUAUUUGAGGAGAAAGUGGACGAGAUCAAAGACCAAUUGAAGGUCAACCAGGAGCUGAUCGAUGAGAUCAAGCCAGCCCAUGGGAACGAGGAGGCCAUGUUCAAGACCAUGUUUCUAGGAGGGAUACGUAAGGCCCUCUGGGAUCUGAUGGAGAACCCUUACUCCUCGUUAGCGGCCAAGGCUUUUGCCGUGUUCUCCAGCCUCUUCGUACUCAUCUCCAUCGUGGCAAUGACCCUGAAUACGGUGAAGGAGCUGAAAAAGUACACCUUUUACGGCAAGACCUACAUGGAGUGCGUGGAGAUCGUCUCCAUAGUCUUCUUCACCUUUGAGUACUUCCUGCGGCUGCUUACCACCUGCGACAUCAAACACUUUGUGAAAAGUGCCCUGAACUUUGUUGACUUGUUGGCUGUCAUGCCCUACUUCAUCCAGAUCAUUUUUGAGAUUUUCACAGAUGUUGACGACACCGCUGCCCAGGAGGACCUGAAGACCAUGGCCCGGGUCAGCAAGGUCAGCAAAGUACUCAAGGUGGUCAAGCUCAUGCGCAUCUUCCGCAUCCUGAAACUGGCCAAGCACUCGACCGGGAUGAGGGCAUUCGGCUUCACCAUCCGACAGUGCUCGGAGCAGGUGUGCUGCCUGUUCCUGUUCAUUAUCAUGGGCAUUUUCACCUUCUCGGCUCUCAUGCACUCUGUGGAGAUGGAACAGCCAGGAACACCGUUCAGCAGCAUACCGGACGCCUGGUGGUGGGCCGCGGUGAGUAUUUCCACCGUGGGCUAUGGUGAUGUGGUGCCCAUCUCCUACAUGGGUCGCUGCGUGGCAUUUGGCUGCAUCUCCUUUGGCAUUAUCCUCAACGGCAUGCCCAUAUCAAUCCUCUUCAACAAGUUCUCCGACUACUACGCCAAGCUCAAGGCCCAGGAGUACACCCAGACCAUAGGGCCAGGGGUGCGCACUUUUCAGCUCAAGAAACGUCUGAGGCGCAAAUGCGAUGGCUGCUUCGAACCCCAGCCGUCGGACGACUCUGAGGACAACUGUGACACUGUGUACUAUUCAAGCCGCAAUCAGGACCAUGUGAGCGAUGAGUGAGAUUCUGAUGCUAACGCCCCGUGCUAACCUUAAAUGCCUUUCUCACCCUCGCGCUGGGAAGAUCCAAUCUGCCUCUGACUGUGUUCCAAGCCUGCGUACUUAGGAAAGAAAACAUCGGGCAACGGAGGGGAGAAUUACGGCUGAGCCGACGGAGAGUAAGCCCUAAGCUUUAGCUUUAGAUGUGGCACGCAAAGGGCGACUCUGUCAGAUGGACGGGAUUCAUCACACAUCGGUUUCCAAAGCCUAGUUCAGAUCCAAAAGACAGCGUGAAACUAGCUAGUUGUAGAAUGUUAGUGAACAGCGGGCUAAAUAUUCAGAUCAAGAAAACAAGAUUUGCAUUUGGAUUGUUUCCAAAGUUUGCCUUUAGAAUGUUUUCACUUGUGAACACAGUAACUUGUCACAAAUAUCAGCAAGGUAGGCUUGGUAUAUCAGAGACCUUAAUAAAUGCCCCAGGCUAUGUGCGGCAAACUAUCAAACUAGCUCUUUGCUGGGCUAGCUAGCUAGCUUCAUGCUGCUUGGCUGAACACUGAUGGGCUAAAUGAAUUGUUGCAAGAGUUAGCUAAAGAUUUGACAUGGUGACUCAGAGUUAGUAAUGAACUGUCAUUAUGUUGUAGAAACCACUAUAUAAAAAUAUUUUAAAAAUUUCCACUUGUCCUCAUAGGAGAACCCUUUAUGGUUUAAUGUAAAAUCCUUUGUGCAAAAAGUUCUAUAUGGACCCAAAACAUUUUUCCAAAGCAUUCUUCUAUGGAGACAUCUAAACAACCCUUUUAGGUUUUAUAAGGCCCUUUUUUUCUAAAAAAUUUAUUUUUGACUUGGGCAGGAGCUAAAAGAUACUGGGAAAUAGGCCUCUAACUGUUCCAAUGAAUAGGGGAUUAGUGUGCCUAUAUCUUUAACAUUUGCAGGCUGUCACUUUUAUAAUCAACACAUGCAAUUAGAGAUACAUAUUUUACUAUAAUGUGACAAACAACACUAUAGCAGACUGAAUAAUCUUUCAGUAGGCAGUUAUUUCCUAGUUCCAGACAGAAAAACAACAUUCAACUAAUGUCACAUUCGAGAAAAAUGUAGGGUAUCUUUAAUUCAUUAAGAGAACUUAAACCAAAUUUGACAUAGUACCUUACAAGGUACUUAUAUAUCUACCAUACAUGUUAAGAGCAGUAGUCAGUUAAAGCUAACACUAUAAAAACUGAACCAACUGUCAAAUUGUAUACAAUUUGACAGUAUUAUAUGUUACUGCAUGCAGAACCUACUUUCAAUUAACGGACCAUGUGAUUAGUAUCCAAUUAUACAAGUUCUUCCAUCUUAACUGUUAUACUUUUCAUCUAGAGCGAUUAAUUUCUCAAAGCCCCAUAGCCUAACUAAUCCCUGUGUAUGUUGUUUAUUACAUCUGGCCAGUGACCACAUGUCUGCUGAUUGAAUUCCUGAUCUGGUAAGGCAUAAAACCUAUCAUUCUGGCCCUGAUCUAGGCAGUUAGCCCUAAAUUGCUCCCGGGUUAAUGUGGUUUAUGAAAAUGUGUUCUCAUUCAACUUUGCCAGUAAACCAGGGGUAGAAAUAAAAGUAUUUCUACUGGUUUACUAGGGUAAAAAUAAUUACAUUUAUUUCUACCCUGGUUUAAUAAAUGUAUUUCAUGGGCUAAGAUAAAAGUAUUUAUCUUAGCCAAUGAAAUAAUUACUCUGGGGGUCAAACCAAUCUGGAGAUAUUCAUGUAUACUGUUCGUAGCCCUUGUUGGCUGAUAAGAGGUUCUAGAAUAGUGUAGGGCAUUGGUUCCCCCCCAAAAAUGUGUACCACAAAAUAAAGGUUGAUCUGCCUGGAGGACCACUGAA